AAAAGUGCUUCAAUGAAAACCUCAGACACAUCCCGUACAGAAGAUGGUGUUGAGAAGAAAAAUAAACACUUGAAUUUGAGAGAAAGCCCUGCUCUGAGAAAUGCUGUCCAAGAACAGCUUCCUUUAAAUGCUGCUUCGGGUGAAGAUGUAGAUGGAUCUCCCGUUCAGAAGCGACUCUCGUUGGGGUCCAGAGAGAACAAAAGAUCCAUAAAUAGGCCAUGGUUUGAGGUGCAGCUUGCUCGGGAUCCUAAUAACGAAUAUUUUAGCGGUAAAGUAAUCACAAAAGAAUGUGAGUUGACAUGCCUGGAGGGAGAAAGCGAAAAAGGAGAAUCCCACAGAAGUGGUGAUGAAAAUGAAGACCAGAAGAGUUCGGCACACACGCUGCAAACACAGCGCACAUAUCAAACAGAUAAUGUCAGUUUAAAACCUGUGGUAUGUGACGUGGGGCAAGACACUUCAAUUGUUCUUUUCCUUCUAGAAGCAGGGAAACAAACAAAACCAACAAAUGUGAAGUGGAAAUCAGUAAAGAUCCGGAAAGAGCUGAACGAGCCUCCACACAUCACCAAAACUGCAAAGGGAUGUAAAUUCAAAGGCCAGUGUUUGUUAGAAAUGUAUACAAUAGACAGAAGAAAGACAAUAAAGAUAAAACCAGUUAAGAACAGGUACAAAACCAUUACGCCUGAAGCGACUACAGUGUCUCAUACAACAACAGAGCAGACAAAGACUAAUAAUAUACCUGAGAAAAAUGUGAGUACCAAUAAGGAAAAUAUGCCAUCAAAGGAGUCAUUCGCACCUUUGCCGGUCACACCGGCAAUGAUGCACACUGAAAUGACAACAGAAGGAUCUCUAGCUGAAACAACCAUUGCAACCACGGAGGCACAGGGACCAAGUGCUGGAGUCUCUGACCAAGUCAUUCCAGGUGGAGUUGAAGGACCUACAAUCACAAUGAACCCAGAACCUUUAAACAACUACGCGUCAGAAAUCAGAGAAUACAUCACAGAGAUGAGAGAAACUACAACUAAAACCUCGCUCUCAGGCCUGAGGAUGAAAGAAGUCGUCCAAGACAUCAUGGACAAACUUCACAAAGAAAAAGAGAAGGAGAUAACUUCAGUAAGCUGGAUGGAAAAGGGAAGGGAAGCAGAUCGCAGUAACCCUAGACGGGUACUUUCAAAACCUCUAGAAGCUGUUCACAAAGGAGCCACAGAUGUUUAUCAGAAGAUGACAGGUGAACUGGUGCCACUCUGCGGAGGUUUGAUCCAGCGCACUGAAGCUGGGUGGAAACACUGCAUGGAGAGGUUUAGACAACCAGCAUCCAUGACGUUCCCCUUCAGGGCGGCUCCAGGUGCAGGAAAGCUGGAGAAAGAACCUGCCAGAAACAGUCCUCCCUCCACUGACGACGAGAAUGAUCACUUCUAUUUCUUCAACGGAGUUUUAAAAAGGGUCCAGAAUAAUUUCUAUCCCGAUGACAAGAGGCACAGACGAAGGAGCUUUGAUAACAGGGAGGAAGGAGUUACGAGAGAAAGAGAAAAAGGAGACACCGGUGGGAACUUUCUCAGCUAUAUCCAGAGCCUUAAUGAGAGGAAUAAGGUCAAACAUCUGAAAUGAUGGGAUGCCGAUGAUGACGUGCAGACAAACCUUUGUGGGUCUGGAAGUAAAUUAGAUUUAGUGAAUGACUAAAAGACCUGAACCUUUGAUCUUGAAAAUAAAAUGCAGAGUAUAGCUUGAAGGGAUAAAGAGAUAAAACAGUGGCACUAAUGUGUCCGUGGCACAACCGAGCCUCCCGCAGGUGGUGGAUCUGCAGGGGGGUGGUCCAUGUGGCUCAUUUGUGCCCAGCUGGACCACCAAGCUCUCCCCCACCAGCGUCUCUCCGAGGCCUGGCUCCACGGUGAAGCCUCCACAUCACUUAUCCAAUUGGCGCUGCUGGGAAUUCGGGGGCCGUGUGAAAACAUAUCCCACCGGGCUCCUCCAGCACAAGUAAACCUGGUACAAGUAUUACU